AAUUGGAGGCUUACUGGCAAUAUAUACAGGAUAGAGCAGGUAUAUAAUUGGAGGCUUACUGGCAAUAUAUACAGGAUGGAGCAGGUCUCCAUGGUCCCUGUUGCUUGCCUAGAUAUUCAACCUAACCAUGCUGUUCUAGAUAUGUGUGCGUCCCCUGGUUCAAAAACAGGACAGGUGUUAGAGGCAAUGCAGAUCAGAUUAUUUCAAGGAGAAAUACCCUCAGGGUUUCUGAUCGCUAAUGAACCGGAUUUAAAACGAUGUAAGGUUUUGGCGGGAAAUAUGAAGCUUUUUUCAUCUCCUUGUAUCAUGGUCACAAAUUUCAGAGGUGAGGAUAUCCCGGACAUGAAACAGGGUGACGGUCAACCCUUGCUGUUCGACAGAAUAAUCUGUGAUGUUCCCUGCUCCGGGGACGGAACUAUCAGGAAAAAUCCCAAUGUCUGGAACAAUUGGAACCCAGCGCGAGGGAAUGAAAGAUUUUCUCUCCAGCUAAAUAUUGCCCGACGUGGAGUUCAUCUUCUUAAGGAGGAGGGUCUGAUGGCGUACAGUAGCUGCAGUAUGAAUCAAAUAGAGAACGAAGCAGUGGUAGCGCAGUUGCUUGAAGAGAGUGAAGGACUUAUUCAUAUUUUUUCUCCGAAGGUUAGAUCACUGGCGGGUUCAUGA